AACAGGACCGCCACAUAGUGCUUGUUUUCUGCCUUCAUUAUCCUUCACACACGCUUUCUUACCGUCCACUAUACGUUACCUCGGUUUUCCUGAUCCGCACUCUCCUGUAGACCUAUUCUAUCGGAGACGAGUCAUUGGGGUGCACUCAUGGGCGUCAAGGGACUUACGGCGUUGUUAAAGCGUAUGGCACCCAACUCUGUCACGCUGCAGCAUAUAUCCAACUACAAGGGCAAGACCCUGGCCAUCGACGUUAGCUGUUUUCUCAAUCGAUUCAUCUACGGAUUGGAUCCACAUCCUGCUCGAGUCCAGCGUGGCGUGUACAGGCUGUGCAUGUACCUUCAUCUCAAUGGCAUCAACCCUAUCUUUGUCUUUGAUGGAGAGGGCCGAAUUAUUGAGAAACAUCGAGAGACCCUGAAGCGAGCUGCUAUGAAGGAAAAAGUCGAGCGUGCCUUUCGGUUGGAGAAGAACCGCAAGACAAGACUGAAGGGACUCAGGGGCUCGACACAACUGCUGCAAACUAUCUCACCAGAGCAACUGUCUUCGAUCUUGGAAGGUGUUCGAACGCAUGAAAAUUUGGUGACUACAGCGACCGCAACAGGAUCAGGCAAGCCAGUAGCAACUGAAGGUGAAAUAGCAAAAACAACCUCGGAUCAAAAGAAGGCACUAGACAUGAGUCAAUUGCACGCACCAUUAGCACUGGAUCUCCUGGAUGAUGUCUACAACAUUCACGAGGACAGCCUUGAGUAUGAAUCUCUUCGGCACAUACCCUCGAUCUCCGAUUAUGAACAGCGACAACUUGAUAACCAUUUACGGCUCAUAAAUGGUCUUUACACCCAAAGCGGACCCAUUCCUCAAGACAGCGCUGUUGGGGACGACUUGGAAUUUGAUGUGUCUGAGCACGAUCUGGAAGCGAUAGGACGGCUGGAGCUAGAUCUCGAGACCGUUGGUGAUCUAGAUCUGAUAAAUGAGCUUUCGCACAGCAAUGACAUGCAGCUCAAGUUGAGGACAGGAACAAGUAUUCAAAGUCUAAUUCCAGCAGGCGAUCUCCCCAAGGUGGAGAAUGUCGGUUCUCCCAACCGUGGACGUGAUGCAAAGAUCAGAGAGAAGGUCCGUAGCGCGCUUACGGAUUUCGUACAGACUGUGGAGUCGGACGUCAAAUCCAGCAUGGUGGAGCUCCAGGAAAGUGGCACGCGGCGACAGAAAGCUUUGGGCGUGUUAGAGCAGAAGCUGGCGAAGGGCAUUAAGCGAGCAUUACGCAUAAAUGUUGACGAACGAAUGGCACAGAAAAACACCUCAUCACCGACAAAGCGGUCUUUGGCGGAAUCCGCAGUAUUAGAGGCGAAACAGGCAGUUACGUCGAAGAUUCCGCCUACUGCACUUUUAUCACAGCCGAGUAUCGUUUCCGAAGACGUUUUCCUCUCAACUUCAAGCAUACCAAGCGAUUCCGCCACCUCCAAGGCAUCAGAAAAUGAAGUAUUCGAGGCGGACGGUUCGGGGUUACUGGACGGUGCUUCAUUCAAGACCAUGGACGAAGCUCCACCGAAUGAUAUUAUGGACUGCAUACAAGACCAACUGAUGUCGGAUAACAUGUCAAAUAGGAUCCGGGAUGAACGGCUAGUGGAUGACAUGACGGAUAAGAUCGAUGCUCUUGACGAGGAUGACCUGAAUGCCGAGGCUGGCACGGAAACGGAGCAGGAUCCCGGUCUACACUCGAUGAUACAGGACAUUCUUUCGGAGCAUGAGUCACUCUUUGUGACACUUGAGCGUCGAACGCUGCGUAUUACAAGACCCUUGGUUCUUUCUUGCCAAGAGCUAUUGCGGGCCAUGGGUCAGCCUGUCAUUGAGGCGUACGAAGCCGAAGCAGAGGCGGUGUGUGCACGUCUGACAACGCUCGGUUGGGCAGAUGCAUCUGUGAGCGAGGACACGGACACAGCAGUCUUUGGUAACGGGAUUUUGUUGCGACAGAUCGGCGCAAGUAAUGAUAGGGAUAUCAUUGAGAUCGAUCCGUUGCAGGCGCAUUCUGGUCUUGGGCUAAGUCGAAAUGCAUUUCGGGAUAUGUGCAUCCUGUGCGGUACCGAUUUCUCAGGGACGAUAGAAGGCAUUGGUCCAAACAGGGCAGUUAAGCUGAUGCAGUACUACGGCAGUAUUGAGUCCAUCAUGGCUAAUGUCAGCUACAAGCCAAGGCCGGAUUUUGUGUAUGAUCGAGCAAGACGUGUCUUUGACAGGACACCCGUGGUCUCCGAAGACCCAAAUGCAUAUCUGCCAUCCCCAGAGAACGAACCUCUAUUGCAGGAACUGCUAUCAAAGUAUGAUAUUGAUCCCGAGGAAAUUGAACGAGAGUUACUGAAGGAUAUGCACGUCAAAGAACUGGAUACACCAAGCACUGGCGCUCAAAGGCUCGGAGACCCAUUUUCUACAGAUCCUUUUGGGGUCGAUCCGUUCAUGGUGUCUGUUAUCAGGAUUCCGGAACCAGAUGACAAUAAGGGCCAAUAAACGUGCAGUAUUUGAAGAGUUUGUAGACU